UGCUGAAUCUUUAGAAAAUGCCUGUCACAUUGUAAUGGACACAUUGCAUAAAAAUGAAAAUGAUAAAGACGUCCCGUUCUCAUUAAUUUACCUUAUUGAUAAUAAUCAAUCAGGCUCAAAUUUUAAACCUCGUGUUGCUUAUCUAGCUGCAACUACUUUUGAUAUUGAUCAAAAAGUGGAUGACAAGAAAUCAAAAAGAUGCAUGCCCGAAAAAUUAUUAGAAACUCUUGAAACAAUUGAUCUGACAAAAAGUGUCAAUGAAAGUUACGAUGUAUAUAUAGAAUUAAGACGAAAUAUGACAACUCAUUUAUUUUUAAAAUGUAAAUCUUGGCCAAUUGAUCUUGUAAUAAGAGAAGAUAGCCAUGCAAAAGUUGUUCUAAAUGAUGAGUCUCAAGCAAUACUAUUUCCUGUUAAAAUUCAAUUUCAUGGAAGACAAAUCUUAUCUGCCGUAUUAAUUUGUGGUAUUAAUCCUUCUCGUCCACUUGAUAAAGAAUAUAUGGAAUUUUUACAAUUGGUGGUAAAUCAAGUUAGUUUAAUCUUAACACAAGGUGCAUUAAGAGAAGAUGAAAAAAAGCGAGUAGAAAUGCUAACCGAUUUAAAUCGUCAAAAAGUCACGUUUUUUCAAAAUAUCAGUCAUGAAUUACGCACGCCAUUAACGUUAAUGCUUUCUCCGCUUGAUCAAACAAUUAAUUCAUGCAUGCAUAAAACAACAAUAUAUUCUCUUCUUCAGAUUGUUCAGCGGAAUACUCGUAGAUUGCUUAAACUUGUUAAUAAUCUACUUCAAGUUUCAAAUAUUGAAACUGGCCAACUAAAAGUGCAAUAUCGUGAGACUAAUAUUGCAAAACUCACUAAAGAAUUGGCGACUAAUUUUAGUAACAUGGCUAGCAAGUUGAACUUGGAUUAUAUUAUAGAAAUUCCAAAUCCGGACGAGUUUGAUAAAGCUUUGGAAGAUAAAGUUUAUCUGGAUCGUGACUUGUUUGAAACAAUUAUUUAUAAUCUUUGUUCAAAUGCAUUUAAACAUACUUGGAAUGGAUAUGUUAAAGUUCGUUUAUAUAUCGAUCAUGAAGAUGAGAAAGACAUAAUAAUUCUUGAAGUAUCUGAUACAGGUGUUGGAAUUUCUGAAACUGAUCUUAAAAAUAUAUUUCAACGUUUUUAUCGUGUGGAAUCUCGACAAUCUCGUAGUCACGAAGGUACUGGAAUCGGUCUCGCUCUUGUAAAGGAGCUUAUUAUGUGUCAUGGUGGAGAUAUUACUGUGUCUUCAAAAGUUGGUCAAGGAACAACAUUUAAAUGUCAGUUUCUAACAGGAUAUGAACACCUACCAACUAAUCAAAUUUAUAAUAAUGGAAAAGAAGAUGACACUUUCAAUAAUGAUCAGCAAUCAUAUUCAAAACAACAACUAUAUUUAGAAGAAAAUUUGCAAUGGAUUCAAAAUAAUAAACCCGCAAUUGAUACAAUAAACCAGAAAUCCAUGGAUCUUGCUAAUAUGGAUAUAGAUAGAUCAUUGGCGAAUAAAAAUAUUUCUAAUAAACCAAUAAAGCAUAAGGUUUUAAUUGUUGAUGAUAACGUUGAUAUGAGAAAUUAUAUAAAGGAAUUAUUAGAAAAAGAAUUUGACGUAUAUUGCGCUUGUGAUGGUUGUGACGCUUUGCUGUUUUUAACAAACAUAUCUCAACUACCGGAUUUAAUUCUCAGCGGCAAGUAUUAUAUUUCGUGCUUGAAUUGCCUAAAGUUACCUCUUAGACCAAAUAUCAUGAUGCCAAAUAUGAAUGGAUAUGAAUUAUUAAAUGCAUUAAGAUCUAACACAAAGACAGAAUUAAUUCCAAUUAUCUUGUUGACUGCAAAGGCUGGCGAAUGUUCUAGUAUUAAAGCAUUUGAUGAUGGUGUAAAUGAUUAUUUGGUAAAACCAUUUAAUUCUCGACAAUUAAUUGCUCGCAUACACACCAAUAUUAAACUUUCAAAAUUUCGUUGUCAAAUAAUAUCUCGACAAUGUAAACAAGAAAAAAUGAAGCAAUUAUUAAUUUCUAUUUCAGAUAAUAUUCUUUACGGAAUAGAUUUAAAAGAAGCAUUUUCAAAUGCUGUUAAGGAAAUUCAUCAAAUAUUAUCAUGUUGUCGAAUAUUUAUUGUUUUUUGCGAAUCAUUAAAAGCUCAAAACCGUGCAAUAAUCGCUUUAUCUGAAGAUCCAAAAGCAAAUAGCGAAAAUCAUAUAAUAACUAAAUUCAUAUCUGAACCAUUACAAAUUGAGCAAUUCCUGGAAACUAAUGACUCAACUUACUUGUCUUCUAAUGCACAAGAUGAUUAUGCAAUUGAAAUAGAUGUCUCACAUAAAACAUAUUGCAUUGAUACUAGUGGACAAAUCGUCGGAUUUUACUUUGAAAUUGAGUUAUUUAGACAAAUAUCAAAUCAAAUAAAUAUAGCUAUUAAUAAUGCAAUAUUAAUGAGAGAGAAGAUGAUAAAGGAAGCACGCAUUGAAUCACUUAAAGCUGCAAAUAUUAUCAAGUCACAAAUAUUGGCUAACACUUCACAUGAAUUACGAACUCCAUUGGGAGCAAUAGUGGGAAUUCUUUCUUCUAUUAAAGACGAUAUGCUAACUGAUGAGCAACAAGACAUGAUUAAUAUCAUGACACAUUCUUCUGAUGUAGCGUUAUCUACGAUUAAUAAUAUACUUGAUGCAGCAAAAUUAGAAGCACAUAAAAUUACAUUAGACAAUAAGGUCUUUGAUUUAGUUGACUUAUUAGAAAAUACCAUUGAAAUGUUUGGAGAAAAAAUUGGAAAUAAACAAAUUGAAUUAUUUCUAAAUUAUGAUAUGAAUACAUUACCCAAAUAUAUAAAGAGUGAUCCUGAAAGUACCGAAUUUACUCAGGAAGGUGAAAUUGUAAUGAAAGUAUUUAUUAGAAUAUGUGAUUUUGCAAAUGAAAAUCCAGAAAAUGAAACGUAUGAUAAAUUAGUUAAAAAAGCAAAGUUAAUGGUUGAAGUAAAUGAUACUGGUAUCGGCAUUUGGGAAAGCUAUAUGAGGGCUAAUUCAUCAAUAGUUAGACAACAUAAUGGCACAGGUCUUGGAUUAUCAAUAAGUAAACAACUGGUAGAAAUUAAUGGUGGUGAAAUUGGAGUAGAAAGCCAAUUAGGAAAUGGCAGUAAAUUUUGGUUUACAUGGAAUAUUGAUAUAUUACAAAUUUCGACUUCAUCAAAUACUAUAAACUAUAAUAAUUCUAUCUCACCGUCUGAUGAAGCAAUUAAUAAUAUUUUACCACCUUAUAUCCGAUUAAAACGCAUAUUAUUAAUACACCCAAUGGAAAGCUCAAGAAUCGCAAUAACACAUUUUCUUAAAAAUUUUAAAAGAGUUGGUAUAUUUGAUACCUGCGAUAAAGGAAUUCAAGCUGCAAAAUAUCAUAAAGAUUUAUACAAUCAAGGUGCUUAUGAUAUAGCAUUCAUCAAUCUUUGUGAAAAGGAUUCCGAGGAAAUUUCAAAAGCCGCGUUAGAACUAAGAAGAAUACAUGAUGAUCGUCUACAAAUUGUCUUUAUGGUAUUUUCAAAUAACAAUGAAAAGGUUUUAGCAAAAAAGUUAAUUGAAAAUACUAAUGGACAAACUGCUGUCAUAUAUAAGCCAAUUACAUAUAGAAAAUUAUUAAGCCAAUGCAUGCAUAAUAACAAUAAUUCAGAAAGAAAUAUAGAAAAUCCUAUCUGUUAUAAUGCUAAAAAUUUAAUUAACAAUAAUUUCGAAAAAUUUAAGUUUGACUUUGAAUCGUCGUUAAAAAUUAAUCAAGCUUCCUCAGUAACAUCACCAUUAAAUAUUAGUAAAAAGAGGAUGAUUGGAAAUAUGGACAAUGAUGAUAUGAUGAAACCUCCUAAGAGUAAAAUAAAAACCAUAUCUAUGAGUAAUCGUAUUUUAUGUGAUAAUAAUUCUGCAGACCUAAAGCCUGGAAUGUCAGGUUUUGAUACUUCACGGGUAAUUAGAUCAAUGAAUUCACAAAUUUCAAAUAUUCCAAUAAUUGCUUUGACAGCUUCUAAUAUAAAGAAACUUAUGAUAAAUGUAUAG